AUGGAUUCUGCAAAGUUUACCAAUGAAUUACAGGGAUCGUCCUCCCAGGAUUUGCAAGUUCCAGUGUCAUCUACAGUUUUUUCAGAAACACAUUCGCCAAAAGAAAUACAAAUACCCAUAAUUCAAGUGUCUUUGUCCAACCAAGGUUCUUCACCAGUCUUGACAGUACAUCCAGCUUUAGAAAUAAUCACAGAUUCUUCCUCAAAUGCGAACCAGAUUUCAUCUGCUAUUAUUCAGCAAAGGUUUGGUUCAGGUGUGCUUUCCCAUCAACCUGCUUCCUCUUCAAUUGUAAGCACACCAUCCCUUAAAAAUCUUCUUGUGAAAAAUGUCAACAGGACAUUGGCAGAAGAUGGGUCCACAGUUUCAGUUUUGCAGCCAGCACUUUCCUCUCCAGAGAAAACGUCAUGGGUAGGAUCCUCUGUUAUUGAUAAACCAGAACAGUUGCAAUCACAAGUAAGGAUAGGACAGCAAGGUUUUGAAGUCAAUCAAGAUCAGCUCCGAAUUCAACAAGUAGGACUCUCUGCUGACAAUAUAGAUGUACCUUGGAAACCAAUGGCAACUGAUAUAACAGAAUGUAUUGUUAAUCCGGAACAAUGCACCACAACUACUGUUAUAAAUGUUGACAGAAUAUCAUCAACGUCCAUUGUUCUCCAAAAGGCACAGGAGGAUUUUUCUGUCAUCGCCGAAGAUUCUCCCACGAUACAUGAGGAGUCACUUCCUAUAGAUGCUGUUAUAGAGACUAUAGAGGAAUAUGUUGACAAUGCAGAAUCACAACCAAAUGGACAACCUGGUAAAGCUCUUUUGAUGACAGAACUAGGCUCUGCCGGUGGAAUUGUGCAACAGAAUACAGAUUGGAACAUUGAUGGGAACACAGCUUUUGAUAUGCAUAUAAAGAGACACUCUGACAAUGUUAUAGCUAAAAUAGGGUUUAACCAACCACAAGUUGUUGAUAGUGCAUACAAUCGCAAAUUUACCGUGACAUCGAAGGGAUUGGCUGCACCUUCACAAAUCUCUGAAAGCUUAUUCCAAGCAAUUCAAACACAUGCAAAAACAAGCUUGACUGGAAGAUACCAAGAUGAUACACAGGUUUUAAGAAGUGAUGUUAACUCCUGGGAGAGUCAAAACUUUCCUUUAAAUUCAGACCCAACAAACAUUUUUAGAGUGAACUACAUAGAUGGUAAGAGGCAUACUGCCAUACAGAAAAAAUCGAAGGACACGUCUGAAGGAGUUGAAGGACCAAAUGAACAACCAAUUUCACGUGUACAGUCAACGGAACAGCCACUCCACAUUCAGAAUGAAAUGCACCGCUUAGGGCUUCAUGUACAUAUUGAUAAAGUACAAGACAGUGAAGGCGCAAAGUUGGAAGAUCUUGAUAAAGAGAGACACCAAUGUACCUCUGAAACAGCAGAAGCUAAAAAUAUAGUGGCGACAGACGACCACAACAACUAUGUUAUGUUUGGUAAAAGUGCAGAAAAUAUUGAAUCAUCAUCAUCCAAACACUGCACUGCCAACAUGUCACAGGAGAAAAACGAUUCUGUUGUUCAGGGGGAUACUGACGUAGGAAGACAUGCUGGUUUAAUCACUGAUACACCUGUUAACGAUGCUGCUUUUUGUAACAAAUUGUUAUCACUGACAAGUUCAGUGAGUGAUGGACAACCCAAACUGACACCAGUACUAGCAGAAAAUGACAAGGAAACAUUAACACGUACUUGUGAACCAGGUGUUGAUACUACAAACCUGUUUAGAAGAGAAAUCGCUCGCAUUGUUAUACUCCCAAAUCAGGUCAGUGGUAAAACAGAACUUACUGUUAAAGGACCAGAUGAUGGGAAAUCAGGUGCCAUGAAGAAAAAGGCAUUGCUCGUUCCAAUCAGAAAUAUUAGUAGAGUGAAACAAACAGAAGCAGAUUCAACAUCUGUACACAUUGAAAAGGAAUGUACAUCAAAAACACAGAAUGUUGAUGUGGUUUGCCAAGAAAGUCUAGAUAAAGAGCAAAUGGAAAAAUCUGUGGUGGCUCUGAAACCACUCAAUACCAUAAUUGAAUGUGAAUUAAGUGUACUACAGAGGCCGAAAAAAAUUACCAGAUAUUUCAAAGAAAAAGCUAAAAAACAGGAGACAAAGCAGCAGUGUGUUCGAAAGGAAAAGAAGGCUGUAAAUCAACAGAGUCAGCUUGACCAGGAAGUGUCUGCAGAGAAAGAAGAUAAAGUCCCAUUUGUGAAGGAUGAUACUAAUCCGACGCAAGUGAAAAUUCAUCAAAACCAUGCAGAAUUGCUUGAAGGAAAGCGCUCAAAGGCAUUCACUUGUAAACAGUGUGGACGAGGCUUCAGCCACCUUGGGGACUUCAACAGUCACUUGAAAGCACACAAGGAUGGAAUGCCUUUUACCUGCAAUGUGUGUGGAGUUGGCUUCAGGAAAAGUGGUCAUCUAAUUAAUCAUAGUAGGCGACACACUGGUGAGAAACCAUUUGCCUGUACAUUAUGUAAUAAUGCGUUCGGACAACUCGGUACCCUGAAGCGGCACAUGCGCAUUCAUACAGGUGAAAAACCAUAUGAAUGUCCUACAUGUAAAAAAAGAUUUUCGCAGUUAAGUUACAUGAAAGUGCACAGGCGAUCCCAUACUGGGGAAAGGCCAUUUAAAUGUGAUGUGUGUGAUCACAGUUUCUUGCAAAGUGGAGAUCUAAAGAAACAUAAACUACGCAAACACAAUGCCAAGAAAGAACUGUCAUGUCCUCACUGCCCUAAGAAGUUUGGAGAUAAAGUUGAUAUAAAGCGGCAUAUCAAAACACAUGAUGGCAAACUUGUGUGUAAAGCUUGUGACAAGAAAUUUGAUAAUGUGGACAGCGCAAAAAUCCACAAACAGCUGUUUCACUCAAAGGGAAAAGCAAAAGAAUUGCCCCAUCAUUGUGCUGUGUGUGAUAUAGGGUUCAAACUAAAAACUGACCUGCGGUCUCACAUGGCCAACUGCCAUCCAACAGAUACAAAGAAGGAAAAAAUAACAAGUAGAGGGAAAGGAAAGAAAGGAGGAAAGAAAAGGAAAAAAAACAAAAGUGAAGUGGAAGACAAUGAUUCAGAUCUGGAAGAAGACAGGAACAACAUGCAGGAGGUAGAAACUACUGCCACGAAAUCGGAUGAAAAUGACGAACAGAAAGACCAGGGAGAAGAGGCGGAAAUAGAAUCAGCGAUAAGGGGAUCAAGGAAAAGAAAAGCAAGCCAGCAGCAUAAGUUUUUGACUGCAAAGCUUGAUCGUCCAAAACGAUCAAGACGGGCAAAAGAAUAUUAACAGAAUGUUCAGUGUAUACUGAAUUUUGUCUGACCAAAUGGAUAAGGAUGACCUUAAGAAGCAGUUCUUAAUAUUCUACACACCCGUCAAAAUUUUGAACAUAAUUAUGGUAUGUUGUCCGUCUGUUCAU